GCCCCAGCUGUCACUUCCAUGUCCCUGUUGUCACCUCCCAGCCCCAGCUGUCACUUCCAUGUCCCUGUUGUCACCUCCAUGUCCCAUUUGUCACCUCCCAGCCCCUGUUGUCACCUUCAGGCCCCAGUUGUCACCUCCAGGUCCUUUUUGUCAUCUCCAUGUCCCUGUUGUCACCUCCCAGCCCCAGCUGUCACCUCCAUGUCCCUGUUGUCCCCUCCCAGCCCCAGCUGUCACCUCCAUGUCCCUGUUGUCACCUCCCUGCCCCAGCUGUUACUUCCAGGUCCUUGUUGUCACCUUCAGGUCUCAGCUGUCACCUCCAGGCCUCAAUUGUCACCUCCAGGUCCCUGUUGUCACCUCCCAGCCCCAGCUGUCACUUCCAGAUCCCCGUUGUCACCUUCGAGUCCCUGUUGUCACCUCCAGGUCCCACCUGUCAUCUGUAAGCUUCAAUUGUCACCUCCCAGCCCCAGCUGUCAUUUCCAUGCCCCCGUUGUCACCUCCAGGUCCCCGUUGUCACCUCCCAGCCCCAACUGUCACCUCCAGGCCCCAGUUGUCAACUCCAGGCCCCAGCUGUCACCUCCAGGUCCUUUUUGUCACCUCCGGGUCCCAGUUGUCACCUCCCAGCCCCUGCUGUCAACUCCCAGCCCCAGCUGUCACUUCCAUGUCCCAGUUGUCACCUCCCAGCCCCUGUUGUCACCUUCAGGCCCCAGUUGUCACCUCCAGGUCCUUUUUGUCACCUCCGGGUCCCUGUUGUCCCCUCCCAGCCCCAGCUGUCACCUCCAUGUCCCUGUUGUCACCUCCCCACCCCAGCUGUUACUUCCAGGUCCUUGUUGUCACCUCCAGAUCUCAGCUGUCACCUCCAGGCCUCAAUUGUCACCUCCAGGUCCCCAUUGUCACCUCCCAGCCCCAGCUGUCACUUCCAGAUCCCCGUUGUCACCUUCGGGUCCCUGUUGUCACCUCCAGGUCCCACCUGUCAUCUGUAAGCUUCAAUUGUCACCUCCCAGCCCCAGCUGUCAUUUCCAUGUCCCCGCUGUCACCUCCAGGUCCCCGUUGUCGCCUCCCAGCCCCAAUUGUCACCUCCAGGUCCCCGUUGUCACCUUCUUUUGUCGCGGCCCCCCCAGGGUCUCACCUUGAUGUUCUCCUCGAUGAUCCUGGGGUCGUCACAGAUGGACUCCACGAACAGAACCUGGGGACAAGGGGGGGACCC